UUCUCGUUGUGGGGAGUCUUGGGACGGUGGGAAACUUGGAGAAAGAGGGUUUUUUGGUUUUUAACACCAAGAAGGUAAAAAAUAACUCAUUUUUGCCGUUGAAUCGUUCAUUUCUCUUAUUUCCUACAUUUAUUUGUAUGUUUUUACUUGUUUUGUGAAGAUAUAAUGUCGGAUCCUGCAUGACAGUGGUGUACAAGGGUGAAUCCCAAAGAUAGAUUAAGAGUUAAGUGCAAUUAUUGUAAGCAAAUCAUAUCAGGAGGGAUUUCUCGCUUUAAACACCAUAUAGCUGGUACACACAGCGAUGUGGCUGCUUGCAAUGGCUCCCAAGAGAUCCCAUUGCCAGCGUAUGUAAAGCACCAGUGUCAGCAGCUUCUUGAUGCAGUGAAAGCAAGUAGGAUUGAAAAGGACAUGGAAGAUGCGGAGGAAGGAUAUGGGGACCCACAUGAAGGAGAAGAAAGUGAAGGUGAAUAUGUUCAACUUGAACAAGAAGAUGUUGGUGUCAGUUUGGGAACAACUAAAGGGAAAGGCAUCAUGCAUGGAGGUGGUUCUUCUGCAACUGCAACCAAAAAAAGAAGAGGUGCAAGUAUAAGUUCAGUUUCACGAGGACGUGGCAGAAGUCAGGGUCGUACUGGUGGUGGUAGAGUACCUACUAUGAAGUCGAGCAAUAUGUCUGGUUCGAUCAAGAAUUUUUUUCCCAAUUAUACUGCUGCUGGUGCUCAGCCUGAGAUUCGUAUAGCCAUGCAAUCAAAGGAUAUUAUUGAAGCAGCAGAUGAAACCAUAGGAAGGUGGUUCUAUGAUGCAUCCAUUCCCUUCAAUGCAGCAAACUCUUAUCAUUAUCAGCCUAUAGCAAAUGCGAUUGCUAGUGUAGGGCGAGGGUAUAAAAUGCCCUCUUUUCAUAAAUUGCGAGGUAAAAUUCUCAACAAUAUAGUUAGAGAUGUGAAGACAUAUUGUGAUGAACUAAAAUUGAGUUGGAAAGCUACAGGAUGCAGUGUAAUGGCAGAUGGGUGGACAGACAUCAAGAACAGAACAUUGGUAAACUUCCUUGUAUAUUGCCCUCUUGGUACUAUGUUCUUAAAAUCUGUUGAUUUGUCUGAUACUCCGAAGAGUGCUGAUGUGUUGUUUGGGAUUUUUGAUAAAGUUAUAGAAGAAGUUGGGCCUGAAAAUGUCGUAUAAUUUAUCACUGAUAAUGCAGCAAAUUAUAAAGCUGCAGGUGAAAUGUUAGCAGCACGAUAUGGGACAUUUUAUUGGAGUCCAUGUGCUGCUCACUGUGUAAAUCUUAUGCUUCAGGAUCUUGGUGAAAGGGAUGAUAUGAAGUUGACAGUUCACAGAUGCCAAGAAAUCACGAAGUUUAUUUACAAUCAUGCUUAUGUCUUGAAUUUGAUGAGGAAAUUCACAAAUGGGGCUGAAUUGAUUCGACCUGCACAAACACGGUUUGCUACAAAUGUUUUGACUGUGCAGGGUAUAGUCAAGCAAAGAUCUUCUCUCAGGCAGAUGUUUUCAAGUGAUGAUUGGGUUGCAUAUCCACAUGCCUAUAAGAGAAAGGCUGCGACAGUUGUGGAUACCAUCUUCGAUGUUGACUUUUGGGAAUCAUGUGUGCACUUAUUGAAGAUUUGUAUACCUCUAGUGAAAGUCCUCAGAUUAGUUGAUAGUGAAGAUAGACCUUCUAUUGGAUAUUUAUACGAGUCUAUGGAUAGAGCCAAGGAGGCCAUUAGAGAUAAUAUGAAGGGAAAAAAGAAGUUGUACAUGCCUAUAUGGAAGAUUAUAGAUGAAAGGUGGUCUGGACAACUUCAUCGCCCACUUCAUGCAGCAGCCUACUACCUAAAUCCUGCUAUUAGAUAUCUUCCCACUUUUAAGAAGGACAGAGAGGUCGAGUAUGGCAUGUUGGAUUGCAUUGAUGUAUUAGUAAGUGAUAGUAAAGAACAAGACGCUAUCCAUAUGUCGAUCAACAAAUAUGAUACGGCUUCUGGUACCAUGGCGAGAGACACAGCAGUUCGAUGCAGGACAACUAUGCGUCCAGAUUUGUGGUGGGAAAGGUUUGGGCCUGAUUGCCCAGAAUUAAGGAAGCUUGCAAUUAGAAUACUCAGUCAAACAUGUAGUGCAACUGGAUGUGAAAGAAAUUGAAGUGUAUUUCAGCACAUCCAUAGUAAGAAGAGGAAUAGGCUGGAACAUAAAAGGUUGAAUGACCUUGUUUAUGUUCGUUAUAAUAUGAAGUUGAGACAAAGGUAAACAUUUGUUUUGUUAUACAAGAAUAUCAAAUUCUAAUAUAUAUUUUAAUCUCUAACAAUUUGUUAAUUUUUUCUCUUGUUAGGCAACUAGAAACAACAUCUACGAGGAAGCAUCACAAUAAAUAUGAUCCUAUCUUCAUUGACCAUUUUGAUAUAUUAGAUUCUUGGGUUAAAGAAGAACCAGCUGCAAUACUUGAUGAGGACGAUCUUGAUUUUUUGAAUGUUGAAGGAGCAGCAGAGAUUGUUGAAGAAGGAGAGGCUGGGGGGGAGCAAUGGAAUGUUGGUGACAUUCCAUUUGCAACAGAGGGGAUAGAAGAAGAAGUUAAUGAAGGAAGUGAAGAUGAUGAUGAAGAAUGAAGAUGAUGAUGCAAAUGACGAUUGACGAUGCUUUUUGUUUUGAGUUUUGAAAACUAUGUCAAUAUGUUCUGAGUUUUGACUUUUGAACUUAUGAAUUGUGAUGUAAUUGAAUACUCUUAGGUUGUUUAGUAUGUUAUUUUGUUUUUUGAAUGUUUGAUUUCUUAUUUUGGAAUGUCUUGUUCAUAUGCAUAGCUCACAGGUCAUACUUCAUAUACAUGAAUGAUGAAUGUUCCUUUAAAUACAUUUUUCUUGAAUUUUUCUGAUUUUUACUA